AUGAACUUCAUUACCAUGUAUGCUAAGUCUGAGUCCAUGAAAGACUCAAGGAAAGUUUUUGGGGAGCUCGACCAGAGAGAGAUUGUAUCGUGGAAUGCUUUGAUAUCAGGGUAUGCUCAAAAUGGAAUGUCUCAAGAAGCGUUGCAGUCAUUUUUGUCAGCAAUUAUGGAAUCACAGCCUGACCAAUACACAUUUGGCAGUGUCUUGAAUGCAGUUGGAGCGGCUGAGUCUAUUUCUUUAAGGCAUGGCCAGCAGUGCCAUUCUUAUUUAAUAAAGCUUGGAAUGAGCACUGACCCCAUUGUUUCAGGCGCUCUCCUUGACAUGUAUGCAAAUCGUGGGUCCGUGGGAGCAUUUGUGAAUCUGAGAGAGUUUUCGGUGAGAUAUCAGAAAGAAGCCAGGUAG